UCAAGUGUGCCAACUGUCGUAAAAGCACAUGGAAGAAGGACAAAGAAGUGAAGGCGGACGCUAAUAAGUUAGUGUUGUUAUUUGUUCGCUAUGAUGUAAAUAUUUAUGUCGUAAAGAGACAUAUUUAAUUAUUUAUUUCAGGGUAGAACGUCUCAGUCUGCGAAAAUCUUUUCGUUGCUUUGCUAGUCAGGACUAUAAAGCUGAGAAGCGUCACGUGCUAGUUAGCUUAGCUUGUUAGCUUAGCGUGUUAGCUGCUAACAAAGAAACGCAGACGUAAUCAACACUUCGCUAAGUAGAAAUCAAAUGUGAGUGUAAAGUGUUGUGAUUGUGUGAAAAUGUGCGAAAGAACGGGAGCAAAGUGUGAGGAGGAACUUUCUAAAAGAAAAGAGGAGGACAAUCAACUACUGGACGCUGUUUUCAAGAAACAUCAAGUUGUGUUACACAUAAAAGACGUCCAGCAGGUGUCAGCAGAGAGUCAAGAAGAGAUUCCCUCUAAGCAGCAGGAGUGGAGCUCCAGUGUGGGACAAAAGGAGCUACAGGCCCCCUCUCACAUUAAAGAGGAAGAGGAAGAACUGUGGGAGCAGCUUCAAAGGUUGGUGGAGGAUAAUGAUGAAGAUGAAGCUCAGUCCUUACAGCUUCAUCACAGUCAAAGUGAGGAGAACAGAGGGGCGGAGCUUGUAAGUCAACACAUCACAGAAGCUGAUGGAGAGCAUUGUGAAGAUAUAAAGUCAGAACCAGACAGCAUCUUUGCUCCACUGUCAGACAUGGACCACAUGAUGUCACACUCUUCUGAUCACAGUGACCACAUCCAAAAACCUUUGGAGAGUAAAAAUUACUUUAAAGGUGAUACGAGACAUCACACUAACAACAAACACUUUGACUGCUCUGAAUGUGGGAAAUCAUUUAGACUGAAGACUGAUUUUACAAGACACAUGAGAAUACAUACUGGAGAGAAACCUUUUACUUGCUCUGUUUGUAAAAAAAGUUUCUCCACAAAGCAACACAUGACCACACACAUGAGAACACACACUGGAGAGAAACCUUUUACUUGCUCUGUUUGUAAGAAGAGUUUCUCCAUUAAGCCUGCCAUGACCAGACACAUGAGAACACACACUGGAGAGAAACCGUUUACUUGCUCUGUUUGUAAGAAGAGUUUCUCCAGAAAGUAUAACAUGUCCUCACACAUGAGAACACAUACUGGAGAGAAACUUUUGUCUUGCUCUGUUUGUAAGAAGCGUUUCUCCACAACGCAACAUAUGAUCACACACAUGAUCACACACAUGAGAACACAUACUGGAGAGAAACCUUUUACUUGCUCUGUUUGUAAGAAGUGUUUCUCCAGAAAGCCUGACACCUCCACACACAUGAGAACACACACUGGAGAGAAACCUUUUACUUGCUCUGUUUGUAAGAAGAGUUUCUCCACAAAGUCUAACAUGUCCUCACACAUGAGAACACAUACUGGAGGGAAACCUUUUACUUGCCCUGUUUGUAAGAAGCAUUUCUCCACAAAUCUUGUCAUGACCAGACACAUGAGAACACACACUGGAGAGAAACCAUUUAGUUGCACUGUGUGUGAUAAGAUGUUCUGGCAUAAGUGUCAGGACAGUAAACACAAGUGUGUAACAGUCAUGGAAGCUGCAGGGAUUUAAAAACACUUAGUGAUUGUGCUAAAUGUACUUUAAAAACACAGCAUGUUUAAUAUGAAUGUAUAUUUGAUGUUGUAUGUAGUGCCUCUCAUCUUCUACUGUUAAAUUUAAAGGCCUACUGAAAGCCAUUACUACCGACCACACAGUCUGAUAGUUUACAUAUCAAUGAUGAAAUAUUAACAUUGCAACACAUGCCAAUACGGCCUUUUUAGUUUACUAAAUUGCAAUUUUAAAGGGGAACAUUAUCACCAGACAUAUGUAAGAGUCAAUAUAUACCUUGAUAUUGCAGAAAAAAGCCCAUAUGUUUUUUUAACGGAUUUCCGAACUCUAAAAGGGUGAAUUUGGCGAUUUAAACGCCUUUCAAUUGUUCGCUGUCGGAGCAAUGACCUUUCACCUGUGACGUUACAACGGGAAGCAAUCCACUAUUUUCUCAAACACAUUACACACACAAGUCAAAUCAGCUCUGUUAUUUUUUGUUUUUACUACUGUUUUCCGUCCCUUGGAGACAUCAUGCCUCGUCGGUGUGUUGUCGGAGGUGUAACAACACGAUCAGGGACGGAUUCAAGGUGACUUACGUGGCGUGUGCAUCGAUUAGCAUGGCAUGCUAAUCGAUGCUAACAUGCUAUUUAGGCUAGCUGUAUGUACAUAUUGCAUCGUUAUGCCUCAUUUGUAACUAUAUUUGCAUCCAGCCUUUCCCUCCACCCACAUUUAAUGUCAAACAAACACAUACCAAUUGACGGAUUCAAGUACACCAAAGGUCAAAAGAUGCGAAAGUCCCUUGUUUGUUCUGCACAUUUUACCGACGACAGCUAUGCUACGACAGAUGGCACAGAGAUGUGUGGAUAUCCUGCGACACUCAAAGUAGAUGCAUUUCCAACGAUAAAGUCUACGAAAUCCCAAAGGUGAGUUUUGUUGAUGUUAUUGACUUAUGUGCUAAUCAGACAUAUUUGGUCACGGCAUGACUGCCAGCUAAUUGAUGCUAACAUGCUAUUUAGGCUAGCUGUAUGUACAUUUGUAGCUAUAUUUGCCUCCAGCCUUUCCCUCCACCCACAUUUAAUGCCAAACAAACACUUACCAAUCGACGGAUUUAAGUUGCUCCAGUGGUCAAAAGAUGCAAUCUUUGGUUAGAAGGCGAUCGCCGAAUAGCUUCAAUAGCUAUUCACUCAAAAGCUUCAGUUUCUUCUUCAAUUUUGUUUUCGCUAUCUGCCUCCACACUCCAACCCUCCGUUUCAAUACAUACGUAAUCUGUUGAAUCGCUUAAGCCGCUGAAAUCCGAAUCUGAAUCUGAGCUAAUGUCGCUAUAUCUUGCUGGUCUAUCCGCCAAGUUUGAUUGUAUUGGCAUCACUAUGUGACGUCACAGGAAAAUGGACGGUGGAUUUACAGAUAGCGAAAAUCAGGCACUUUUAAGCCUUUUUUCGGGACAUUCCAUGAUUGGUAAAAUUUUGAAAAAAACUUAGAAAAAUAAAAUAAGCCACUGGGAACUGAUUUUUGUUGGUUUUAACUCUUCUGAAAUUGUGAUAAUGUUACCCUUUUAUAUGAAUGUAUAUUUGAUGUUGUAUGUAGUGCUUCUCAUCUUCUACUGUUAUAUGUUGUCCUGGAGUUUUUAAGUUGUGUGCAUGUAUUGAAUAUCAUGUAUGUAGCUACUAAUUUAUUUGAUUUUCUCAUUGUUAAAGAGAGGACAUCUUUAUUUUCACUUGGGGUUUUUUUUCACACAUUUUCUUCCUAUGUAUUUUUAUUGAUGUUAUUAUCCAAUUAAAAGUAUGAAUGAAUAAAAUAUUUAACAAAA